AUGCCGUCCAUCAAAUUACAAAGUGCAGAUGGAGAUGUUUUUGAUGUAGACAUUGAUAUUGCCAAACAAUCUAUGACCAUCAAAACUAUGUUGGAAGAUCUAGGAAUGGAGCCUGGUGAUGACGAAGAAUCAAUUCCAUUACCAAACACAAAUGCCGCAAUCUUGAGAAAGGUAUUACAGUGGUGCACACAGCACAAAGAUGAUCCCCCUCCACCAGAAGAUGAUGAAAAUAAGGAAAAAAGAACUGAUGAUAUCCCGGUUUGGGAUCAAGAGUUUUUGAAAGUUGAUCAGGGAACACUUUUCGAACUCAUUGUGGCAGCAAAUUAUCUUGACAUCAAAGGUCUUCUUGAUGUGACUUGUAAAACUGUUGCAAACAUGAUCAAAGGCAAAACACCAGAAGAAAUUCGAAAAACGUUUAAUAUCAAGAAUGAUUUCACUGAAGAGGAGGAAGCACAGGUUCGCAAAGAGAACCAGUGGUGCGAAGAGAAGUGAAUAAAAGCAAAUAUAAUUUUUAUAUGUAGUUUGGAAAAUUUUCGUUACUUUUUCUGUGUAUAUAUUGACGUUUAUUCUCCACAAAAAUAUUUCCUGUGAUUUUGAUUUAGUGUUUGGCAUUUUUGAUUGCUUAUGGUUGUUGAAAUUGUGUAUCGGACCCACUAACAUUUCAGAAGAGUUUCGAGUACAUAGUGAUUCUGGAAUUCUGCAAGAUUUGAAAAUUUCUGAUAAAUCAAUAUUUUUGGGUAAACCCUUUUGUAUAUUUUGUGAAAUUUUUCGUAAUUUAUGUUAGAAUUAUUUUGAGUACAACUUGGAUACUCCUGUACUUUCUGGAAUUAGUUUGGUUAUAUUUUUUUUUAAAUAUAAUAGAGUAUUACAGAAAGUCUGUUGUGUAAACUAAUGUCAAAUUGCCUCUGGUAAGAAUGGAUAAUUGUGUAUAUAUUUUUGGACCCCAAAUUUCCAAUACAUGUAUUUUGGUUGUCAUAUUGUUAUUUCUUCGAAAAGUUUCAAAACACCAAGGCACUAGAUGCAGAAUAUAUUCAUCAAUUCUUGUUGUGUGGCACACGUCCCACUCAGUCAGUUGCCGUGUAUUUUGGUAUGACUUAUUUUGAUUAUGUACAGAUCACAAAUUUUUCAUGCUCAUCAUUUUUCUUUUGGCAAUGUAUGACAACAAUCAAAUGUACGGAUUAAUAUUGGUAUUUGGUAUUCUCCACCAUGUAUGGUGUGAUGCGUCUGAUGUUCAUUUUUUAUCCAAUAAAAGUAGUAUUUUCAA